AAUAAAAAUAAAGUUUAAUAUUUAAAAUGUGAGUGUAGAUGAACUGAAAAGAGAGUGUGGGCUAGAGAAAGUCCCGGUUACUCGCCAUGGCAGCGACAAUUCCUUUCUCUCUGCUAAGGAACUGCUCGCCAUUGAAACUGGCAACACCUGUCGCUCGCAAAGCCUCCAACUUUAAUCUCCUUCUCCCUCUUCAACCACGCAGGUUGGGCUUCAGUACUCAUGCCACGAACAAUGAAGAGGCUGCAGCAAAAGCAGCUGCUGUUAACUUUGAUAGUGAAGCUCCUACAAUAUUCGAUAAGAUCAUAAAUAAGGAAAUCCCUUCGAGUAUUGUAUACGAGGAUGAAAAGGUUCUAGCAUUUCGAGAUAUUAAUCCGCAGGCUCCAGUUCAUGUUCUAGUCAUUCCAAAACGUAGAGAUGGAUUAACACAACUUGGAAAGGCUGAUAGUAGACAUGGGGAAAUAUUGGGUCAACUUCUCUAUGCUGCAAAAAUAGUAGCUGAGAAAGAAGGUAUAGUUGAUGGAUUUCGUGUUGUCAUCAACAAUGGUCCAAGUGCAUGUCAAUCUGUGUAUCAUCUGCACUUGCAUGUAUUAGGUGGGAGACAGAUGAAUUGGCCACCAGGUUGAAUUCUUGUAAAUUAUAACAUGAAAAUUUCGGAUGAAUCUCAUGGAUAUUUCUCCUCCAAGAGUUGUACUUUUGUGACCUACGUAUAAAUAAUAUAGGAACAAGUAAUUCUUCAGUUUUUGGUCAGCGGAAGCUUAUCUGUAAUCAAAUAGAAAUGGUGAAAUGGUCGUUAGUUUUUACUAGGAAAACCUAACCUUUUUAUAUCUCGAAUAAUACUAUUAGGUAGAAUAUUUGGCCA